AUGGCACGAGCUAUCGAGAGAUUGAAACAGAUUCAAGAAACCAUAUCACCACAACCUAUUGUUCAGAGCGGCGAUAUAGUCAAAGAGACUCCAAAGGAGCUCUGGAAACCCAGAGAUCGGCCUUUUGACUCGGCACCUUCAGUCAAGGCGAUCAUCGUCGGUGCAGGGAUUGCUGGUGUCUCUGCUUCUAUAUUGAUUCCUCGGAAAGUCGCCAAUCUAUCCUACAAGGUUUUUGAAAGACAAGAUGCGGUCGGUGGUACUUGGGCACAGAAUCGCUAUCCUGGUGUGAGGUGUGACAUUCCAUCCCACAGUUAUCAACUCACCUUUGCCCCAAACACUCACUGGUCUGAAUAUUAUUCUUCGGGAGCCGAGAUCCGCCAGUACUACGAAAGGCUUGUGAAGGAGUUUGGAGUUGAUGACCACCUGUACCUCAAACACGAGGUCUUGUCUACUAUUUGGUCAGAUGAUAUAAAGCAGUGGGUGGUCAAAGUCCAGAAUUUAACCACUGGAGAUAUUUUCACGGAAACAUCGGAUUUUUUUAUAUCUGCUGCUGGUAGAUUGAAUGUUCCUAAAUAUCCAAAGAUACCCGGUCUCGAGACAGUUUACAAAGGGAUUGUGGCUCAUACCGCAGAGUGGACAGACGACCUUACCAAGAAGCUGAAAGGUAAACGUGUCGCGGUGAUAGGCAAUGGGGCCAGCGGGCAACAGAUCUUUGUCGACAUACUUGACGACACCGCACAUAUUGACCAAUAUGUCAGGUCCAGGCAAUGGAUCGUUUCGGCGUUCAAUCCAAACCUCAUCGCUCCCAAAAUUGGCUUGCCAGGGGCGCAUGUAUUCACUGACGAAGAGAAGACGAACUUUGACAAGGAUCCCAAGGCAUACCAAGAGUAUCGCCGGACAAUAGAGGGAUAUUUCCACGGCAGAUACGAGGGAAUGAUUUCCGGCAGUAAGGAAAAUGACCAGAUACGCCAGAAAUACGAGGAGGAAUUAUUGGCACGACUCGGAGGAGAUAAGUCCUGGUACAAUCGCCUGGUCCCUGACUUUGCACCAGGAUGUAAGCGACCAAUCCCUUCAGCAGGGUAUCUCGAUGCAAUCCGCCAUCCAAAGGUGGACUACAUAGACAGUACGACAAUCACACAUGCUACAGAGACAGGGCUGGUGACAGACGACGGAAAAGAGAGACCUGUCGAUAUUGUCAUUGUAGCUACUGGCUUCCGCAAUGGCUUUCUCCCUUUAUUUCCCACAAUCGGGAAGAAUGGGAUAGAUUUGGGCAAACGGUGGGCUGAGGAUGGCCCGAUCGGAUAUCCAGAGACAUACUUUGGUAUCAUGGCACCCAACUUUCCGAACUACUUUGCAGUCGUCCAGGCGAAUACUAAUGGCCUGGGAGGUACAUUUCCUCUGCAAACGGAGAUUUCUGCUACGUAUAUUUCCAAGGUUAUCCGCAAAGUUCAGGGUCAAGGAUACCGGGCUAUAUACCCAUCGCAAGAGGCAACAGACGACUUCAACGAAAUUAUAACUGCAUUCUUUGACGACAAGGUGAUUGGCGACCAAUGUGAUGGCUGGUGGAAAAGUGGAUUUGGAAAGUCCCGACCUUUGGUUUCAUGGCCUGGAACAGGCCAUCACCGAUUUGAUAUCAGCCGCGAUCCGCGAUGGGAGGAUUUUGUCUUUGAAAGAUCUGAAGGAGGAAAGAGGAAUAGAUUUGAGUACUUUGGAAAUGGAUACACAGAGCGUGAGAAGUCUGGCGGCAAAGAUUCGCUGACGAGUUAUCUCAAGGAAGUUGGGAAAAUUGACAUUGCAACUCUGCACGAGAAUUGGAAUGAUUAG